GCACAGGAAAUGCAAUUGCAAGCCAAUAUUCGACCCACCAUACAGACCACCAAAAAGAUCAUCCUCCUUCGCUAUCCUCUAUCUUCUCUGUCCAACCCCUUCUUUCAACCCUUUCGCCAUAGCAGUGCACACUAUUUACACCUUUCAACAUCAUCAUCAUCGCAAUGGUUCUCUCUCCUUCGCACUGCCAUUUCCACAAGCAACCUGCGUCUUGGCAAAUCCAUACACGCGCAUAUCAUCAUCUUCGGCCAUUCUGCCAACCGAUUUUCAACCAACAACCUCAUUACAAUGUACUCCAAAUGUGGGUCCCUUUCGGAUGCCCGCCUGCUGUUCGACAAAGCUCCCAACCGAGACAUUGUCACCUGGAAUUCUAUCCUAGCCGCCUAUGCCCUCUCCGCUGAUGCCAAUGAUGGCCUGGUUCAUGAGGGUUUUUGCCUUUUCCGCCUUCUUCAUAGCUCAUCUGCUGUAUCCCCCACUAAACACACCUUAGCUCCCGCCUUGAAGUUGGGUUUGAUAUCUGGAUAUGUUUGGGCUUCGGAGGCAAUUCAUGGGUACGCCGUUAAGAUUGGUUUGGAACUGGAUGUCUUUGUUUCUGGUGCUCUUAUUAAUAUCUAUUGCAAGUCUGGACGAAUUACAGAUGCCAGGGUUUUGUUCAAUGACUUGCCUGAAAGUGACCGGGAUGCUGUACUGUGGAAUGUCAUGCUUAAAGCGUAUGUGCAUAUGGGUCUUGAGAAAGAAGCAUGUACUUUCUUCUCAGAUUUCCACCAUGGCGGGUUAGGUCCCGAUGACGUUAGUGUGCAGUGCAUUCUUAGUGGUUUCCCUGAGGUAAAGUUUGACCAAGACAACAAGUUUGUAGAACAAGUUCAAGCAUAUGCAACUAAAUUGUUUUUGUAUAAUGAUACUUUGGACGUGAUUUUGUGGAAUAAAACACUGUGUCAGCAUUACCAAGCUGGUGAAAUUUGGGCUGCCUUUGAAUGCUUUCUAUAUAUGAGCAGAUCAAAUGUAGGUUACGAUCGUGUGACAUUGAUUGUUGCUCUUGCCGCCACUGUGGCUACCAAUGAUAUGGAGCUGGGCCAACAGAUUCAUGGCUUGGCUUUUAAAUCAGGUUUUGAUCUAGAUACUGCUGUUGCAAAUAGUCUUAUAAACAUGUAUUCGAAGGCGGGUUGUUUUAGUUUUGCAAGAAAAGUAUUCAGUGGUAUGCAGGAAAUGGAUUUAAUUUCUAGGAAUUCAAUGAUAGCAGGUUGUAUGCAGAAUGGUUUAGAGGCGGAAUCAGUGACACUGUUUCUAGAUCUGUUACGUGAUGACUUAAGGCCAGAUCACUUUACGUUGGCAACUGUACUGAAGGCUGUUGCUUCUCUUACUCCUGGACUAUCUCUUAGUGAACAAAUCCAUGUUCAGGCAUUGAAAACUGGGAUUGUUACUGACAGUUUUGUUUCCACAGCACUUACUGAUGUUUAUUCUCGGAGGGGAAAAAUGGAAGAGGCAGAGUUUCUUUUCCAAAACCAAGACGAAAUUGAUUUGGCAUCUUGGAACGCAAUGAUUUUUGGGUAUAUAAAUUGCAAUAAUUGUCGUAAGGCAUUGGAACUCUUCACUCUGAUGCACAAAAGUGGAGAAAGGCCAGAUGAGAUCACGUUAGCAACUGUGGCUAAAGCCUGUAGUGGCUCGGUUGGGUUGGAACAGGGGAGGCAAAUGCAUGCUCAUGCGGUAAAACUUGGGGUUAGUUCAGAAUUAUAUGUCGGUAGUGGUAUUCUCGAUAUGUACAUUAAAUGCGGAGAUAUGGUGGAUGCGUUCACAGUUUUUGAAGAAAUCCCUGCCCGAGAUGAUGUUGCAUGGACAGCUAUGAUCUCAGGAUGCGUGGAAAACGGAGAUGAGGCCCGUGCUCUUUUAAUAUACCAUCAGAUGCGGGAAUCUGGUGUACUACCUGACGAAUAUACCUUUGCUACCCUCAUUAAAGCUAGCUCUUGCUCAACAGCUCUGGAACGCGGAAGGCAAAUUCAUGCAGAAAUGCGAGAAUCUGGUGUACUACCUGACGAAUAUACCUUUGCUACCCUCAUUAAAGCUAGCUCUUGCUCAACAGCUCUGGAACGAGGAAGGCAAAUUCAUGCAGAAGUGAUCAAGUCAGAUUAUGCUUCGGACCCUUUUGUUGGCACUUCUCUUAUUGACAUGUAUGCCAAGUGUGGCAACAUAGAAGAUGCCUAUUGCUUAUUCAUGAGAAUAGAUGUGCGAUCCAUUACCCUGUGGAAUGCCAUGUUGGUUGGUUUAGCUCAACAUGGACAUGGCAGAGAAGCUCUAAACCUUUUCAGAGAUAUGGAAAUUCAUGGUAUGGAGCCCGAUCGGGUUUCUUUUAUUGGAGUUCUGUCUGCCUGUAGCCAUUCUGGCUUGAUUUGUGAAGCUUACUUGUAUUUCCAGUCCAUGUUGAAAGAUUAUGGUAUUCAGCCUGAGGUCGAACAUUAUUCUUGCCUUGUGGAUGCCCUUGGUCGUGCAGGACGUCUCCAGGAGGCAGAAAAACUGAUUGCUUCAAUGCCCUUUGAAGCUUCUUCUGCAAUGUAUAGGGCCCUGCUUGGUGCUUGUAGGGUUCAGGGGGACAGAGAAACUGGAACACGGGUGGCAACUCGGCUCUUGGCCUUGGAGCCGUCUGACUCAUCAGUUUAUGUUCUUCUAUCCAAUAUCUAUGCUGCUGCCAACAAGUGGGAUGAGGUAACUGAUGCUAGAAAAAUGAUGCACAGGAAGAAUGUCAAGAAAGAUCCAGGGUUUAGUUGGAUUGAUGUGAAAAAUAAGGUCCAUUUGUUUGUGGUGGAUGACAGAUCCCAUCCUCAAGCUGAGACAAUAUACGAAAAGGUCGAUGACAUGAUAAGAAUGAUAAAACAAGAAGGAUAUAUUGCUGAUAUUGAUUAUGUUUUGCUUGAUGUGGAGGAGGAAGAAAAAGAACACACCCUCUAUUACCACAGUGAGAAGCUAGCGAUAGCUUUUGGACUGAUAAGCACUCCUCCGUCUACAUUGCUCCGCAUAAUAAAAAACCUUAGAGUUUGUGUGGACUGCCAUAAUGCAAUCAAGUAUAUAUCAAAAGUGUUUCGGCGUGAAAUUGUGUUAAGGGAUGCAAACCGCUUCCAUCGUUUCAGUGGUGGAAUCUGCUCUUGUGGCGAUUACUGGUAGUGUCAAAAUCAAGCAUGGUUUGGUAUCAUUCUUUUGCCUUUUCAAAUUGAAGCUCCUAGAUAACACAAGUGACAUGUUUCCUUCUGUCCAGAAUCCUUAUGGAAGAUAGAAUAUUUUUUGAUGUUCAAUUUAAAACUAUCAAGUGGUGUAGGGCUCUGUAUUAAGGAACUAGUG